CCGUCGCCCAUCAGCCAAUGACAGCUGCGGAUGGUUGUGUCGCGUAUCGGAAAAUCACAAAGUUGUUUACCAAAUGAAAAUUUAGGAUAUUGUACGAUUGCCGGCAAGAUACAGUAAAUUCCUAGCAACCAGUUUUGACUGCAGCAACAUGCAUUUAGGUGCACAAAAACUAGCUCUUAAGCAAAAAGAAGCAAAACUAGCCGCAGCAUUUCCCAAAGGGAUACGAUGCCAGAAAUGUCUGGAAUAUGGCCACUGGAGCUAUGAAUGUCAGGGCAAGCGCAAGUAUCUGCAUCGAUCAUCGCGUACCCAGGUGUUGAAAAAGAAUCUAAACAAAAUCAGCAACAAAAAUGGUGAUCCAGCAACGGGAAAAGAAUCCUCCGAAAUAGUAAAAAGCACAAGCAAGUCGUCCGGUGGGAAGAAGAAGAAAAAUUCUGCAACCGAUUCAUCGGAUAGCAGUGACGAGAGCGAUAGCAGCAGCGGUAGCAGUUCCAGUAGCAGCUCUAGCAGCAGCGAUACCAGUAGUAGCUGCAGUAGCAGCAGCACCGAUAGCGGAACUUCCUCUAGCAGCAGCAGCUCCAGUGAAAGCAGCAGUAGUGAUGAUGAAAAUUCAUCGUCGGAAGAUGGAAAGGUGAAGAAAAAGGCUAAAUUAACUAAAAAAACGAAAGCCACCAAUGGAAGCCGCAAAUCCGACAGUGGAAAAAAGACAAAGGAAAGCAUAAAAGACAUCCCGAAGGGUAAGGGUAAAGCAACGAAGGACGAAAGCAGCAGUAGCGCCAGUAAUAGGAGCAGCAGCAGUAGUAGCGACAGUAGCAGUUCCAGUGAGGAUUCAUCCGAAUCGGAGAAAGAGCGUAAAAAAAGGAGAAAACGCCGCAAGGAAGGUGAAUAGUGUAUUCCGUCGAAUUCUAACCGCUUCGAGACGCAACCACUUCUACUACGGCCACUUUGCAACGAUAUUACAGUCUUAAAAAGCCAUUAAAUGAAUGAAUACCUAGCAAUGGGGAUGUUUAGGUAAGAAUCCCCGCAUUAAACUGUAACACCCAAAAUUGAAACAUAAUUCUAUUUAAGCUUGAAAAGGGUCAGGACAACUACACACAACACACAUUUAUUAUUCGUAAUGUA